GCUCGAUCACAACUCAUUCAUUCGUCAUGGAAAAUUGUCAGCUGGAACACAAAAAUGCCGGAGACGUGCAGGCGCACACAGACACGAACGACACGAGUUCAUCAACCACAUGCACGUGACAGUUUUAGGCCGUGGUUGCUGUCGUAACCCCUCCGCAACGUGGGAGACGCCAUUCGACCGACAGCCACGCCACGUGACAGCUGGUGAGCGACGGCGGAAACCACACGGACUGACCUAUCGGUAGGUACACUUGCUAUAUAUGCUAUCUAUCUGAAGCAAAUAGCACGGCUGCGUGGCAUGCCACGCAGCAGCAGCUCCUUUGAGAGCUGAGCUGCGGGGAAACAAGGUCGUGUGCAUGAAUGAACCGGCAGCUAAGACGCGUCAUGUGUUCAUGAUCUUCUGCAUCACGUCCACCACACACCGCGUCUCCUGCACGGCACCGCACGGCACGACACGGCACGACACGGCAAGCCAAACAAAGCCAAGCCAAGCCAAGCCAAGCCAAGCCACAUAUCAUAGAUGUAUGUGUGCAUGUGCGUGUCCCUCUGUCUCUCAUCCCACUCACAUUAAUGUCGUGUGUCCGCAGCAUGAACACACCCUGCUGCACACACCUGCACAUACACACACAGACAUCCACACGCCCAUCUCAUCUCGCCUGCCCGAUGCUUGAAGGUCCGUGUGUCGCUCCCUCCCGCACUGACUGACCAAGCGGUGCAUGCGGCCCCGCCCCACUUUCGGUCCUCCAGCUCCUGGGGGUCGCGUUUGGCCAGACUCGACGACGGGUAGCCGUUCUGGGGCGGCGGGGUCGACUGGUCCUCACUCUCCUGCACAUCACAUGGACAGGUAGGUACACACACAUACACAUACAUAGUCAGGGGGCGGGGGAUGGGGUGAAAUGGUGUAUGCUCUUGUGAGUGUUGUGUAUGUAAUGUAUGUAUGUACCCUUUUGAGCAUCCGCCGUGCUUUGCCUUCGGCAGUGGUCGCGCCCAGCAACCUGUUCAAAGGAAGCCGAAAGAAACACCCAAGUGGGUGGAUGGAGCCUCUUUCUGUCUCCUUGUCCGUCCGUGCACGUGUGCGUGUACCGUUUCCUGGAGAAGCCCACGAGUUGCGGGAUGCCUCUCGGGAGGCCACACUGCACCUUACCAAGGUCACGCAGCAACCGGUAACUCUGCCAGCCAGGGAAAAGAAACAACCGCAGUACAGUCCACUAAGGCCCCUCCCUCCCACCGUCUCUCUGCCCUCUUCACCUGUUCGGCUGUCUUAGCGAAUCCGAUGCCGACAUCGGCGAGAAUGCGCCAUCGGGGAAUCCCCCGCUGCAUGAGCCGCUCGCACCGGUCCUUGAGCCACAUGGCCACCUCGGCACUGACGUCUUGGUAGUCAGUGAGUUUGGUCAUGGUGUCGGGGUUGCCUCUCAUGUGCAUCAGGCAGUACGACACGCCACGGGGGUAGUCGCGCCGGCCGAUGUAGUCCUCCAGCAGCGGCCACAUCUGGCUGUCUGCCACACCACCAGACACAUCGUUCACCUGUCGCACAGCACACAAACACACAACCAGAGUCAAUCAGACGAGACGGAUCGGAUGUGCACUGCACAGUCUUGAAUGGUUCUUGGCUUUCGUACCAGGUCAGCGCCUGCCUCGACGGCAGCCUGGGCAACAACAGCCCGGCGCGUGUCCACAGAGAUAGGCACCGACGACUCCUGCACACACACAGAAGGGACAGAAUGACUUAAAUGGAUGAAAAUGCCUGCCUGCUAUGGUUCCGUCCGUCCCCAUCCGCCCGACCCACCUCUUUGAGUCUUCUGAUGACGGGCAGCACGCGCCGCAUCUCCUCCUCCUCGCUCGGCGGCACCGCACCAGGUCGAGUCGACUCACCACUGACACCACAAGCAAGGCACAGACAGACAACCCAACCAGCCCAUGAGAGGUGGUUCUUUGCCCACACACCACACUCAGCCAGCCAUCCAUAUAUCCGCCCUCAGUCACCCGAUGUCGAUGAUGUCAGCCCCCUGGUCCUCCAUCUCGAGUGCCCUCUUGACACUGUCCUCCACACUCGCGUUGUGCACACUGCCAUCGGAAAAACUGUCGGGCGUCACAUUCAGGAUACCCAUGAUGCGCGGGGUGCCGCCGUCGUCCAUCUGCCACAGACGAGACCCAACGGCAAACACACGGCGGGGACGGGCGGUCCGGCCAUCCUCCGGCCCCUUCUCGGAAGCUUGUUCGCGGUUGCUGUCCCACAGAGACUGAGAGGGCAACACAGCACAGCACAGCACAGCACAGCACACAACGCAUCGAUGGGAUGGCAGGAUGAUCCACCUCCUUCCUUCCUUGGUUGAACUGACCGACCGAGAUGGUUUCGCCGAGUGCGGGAUGAAUGAAGUGUGGGUCGAUGUCCAUGAGGGGCUCGAGCACGAAGUUCCUCUCGUGCAGCCGGGGGUGCGGCACCUCCACCCACAACGGGUCAUCCUCCCGCAGACACACCGCGUCAUCGAGGAACAGCAGGUCCAUGUCGAUGGUCCGAGCCACGUACUGCCGCUUCUCCCCCCGCCUCCCGUGGCUGUCCCUCCGCCUGCCAAACCUGGCCUCGAUGGCCUUGAGCCGCCGCACCACCUCGGACGGGUCACCGAUGGCCGUCCGCACUGCAACCGCCGCGUUGAGGAAGGGCGGCAUGGACGCAGGGUCCACGUAGGCAGGGGGCGUCUCGUAGAGGCAUGAAGUGCUCUCGAUGCUCCCCACAGUGCCCUUGAGCUCCUUGAUAGCCUCCUCUAUGUAGUGCAGCCUCAGAGGACCACCGAGGUUGGAGCCCAGGGCGAUGAAUGCACGAUGGCCGGCGCCAGAUGAGUGUGCGGCGGGCGAUGUGGCCAUGGAUCUGGCGGGGGGAUGGGAGUGAUAGGCGCGGCGAGAGGAGAACACGGAACUGCUGAGGCGGCAAAGUGGGAAGCGGCUG